AUGGCGGAAACGACAAAACCUGAGAGAACCAGCGCCGGCUCAAGCGCCGCCGACGCCGCCCCCGCGCCCGACUCGAUCGACAAGAUCCUCGGCGCCAUGACCUCUGCGCGCGCCGCCUCGGGCCCUGCGGCGAAAGAACGCAAGCCCGUCACGUACGACGAGUUCCAGAAGGUGUUGGACUCGACGCCGCUGUUCAUGAAGGAGACGCCGGUGGGCAUGGAGGACGACUAUGUGCUUGAGGCGUUGAAGACGCUCGUGUUUGAUGGUGACGGGGAUGAGGUCGCCCUCAACUUCAAGAACCACGGCAACGAGCUGUACGCGCAAAAGUCGUACAAGGAUGCCGUGGCAGCGUACACGCAGGGCCUGGACGCUGCUCCGAAGGACCCGGCACUGCGCACGAGUCUGCUCAACAACCGCGCGGCGUGCAAUGUCGCCUUGCGCAACUAUGGCCAGGUACUCAAGGACACGUCGGCGAUCAUCGCGCUCUCGGCCACGCUGGGCACGGACGCGCCGCCCAAGGCGCUGUACCGCGCCGCGCAGGCGCUCGUCGCGCUGGACAAGUGGGACGAGGCGGAGGACGUCAUCACGCGCGGGCGCGCGCUCAAGGGCGAAGACAAAAACAAGGCUUGGGCCGAGCUCGAGACGCUGUGCGAGGGCUCGAAGCGGCGUGUUCUCGGCAACGCGGAGCGCGAGCGCCGCGCGCCCCUCCAAAGAGCGGCGCUCCACCGCGCGAUCGUAGCCCACGGCCUCGUGCUCCUCAAGAGCGCGUCGCCGCCCGACAACCCCCACCCGCUCGACUUUGACCCCGCCGCCGUGCCCGACAUUCCGCUCUACCCGCCGUCCAAGGCCGAGGCGUGGGUCCCCCCGCCAGCUAACACGCCGCUCAUCUUCCCCGUGUUCCUGCUCUACCCGCAGCACAACACGAGCGACCUCAUCACCCACUUCCACGAGGACACCUCCUUCGAGGACCAGCUCGGCGCGAUUUUCCCCAAGACGGCUAGCUCGACAUCGCCGCCCCCUUGGUCUGAGUGGGACAACAAGCACGAGUACUACGUCGACAACUUGGCCGUGUAUGUCGAGACGGCGCAGAAGCGCCUCCUCAAGGUCGGCAAGGAGAUCACCCUCCGCGAGGUGCUCGCCAAGGCCCAGCUGCCGCCCAAGGACGGCAAGCCGCGCGACGGUGUGGUUCUGCGCGACGGCUUGCUCAGCUUCGUCGUGCUUGUCCGCGGCAAGGAGGAGCGCGAGUGGAUCGACAACUUUAAGAAGGCGAGGGAUGGCAAGUGA